AUGGACAUAGAAGUGGCCAGAAAUACGUUCCGCAAAAACGAGUUUACCGAUCGACCUGAAAUGCUUUUUGUAAAAAAUUUAGCCGAAAAUCAUUUAUCAGACGUCGUGUUUGAUAGUUAUGGUCAGCGAUGGGAAGCACUGAGACGUGUAACACAUGCGGCUGUUUUAAACUAUGCCAAAACGGAUAAGCUGAUCUACCUGGCCAGCGAUUGUGUGGAAAAUACAAUCAAAUUGAUACUCGAUAGGGAAGGCACGGGUAAACCGUUUAAUCCCUAUCCAUAUGUCUAUCAUUUGUUCAGUAAUAUACUGGCUAACAGUGCUUUCGGUCGCGGCUACGAUAGCAUCGACGACAAAGAGUAUGUAGACUUUAAGUCGUCAACAAAAGAUCAGUCGGAGAAGCGUGGGUUCAGGAAUAUGUUGUGGCAAAUGUCUGGUCUGUUUCGUUGGCUGGACAGUCGUAAAUAUCGACAAGUUUUCGACAAAACAAUGGGUACUAUCGAUACAAUACGCCAGAAAUUUCUCAGUCAUUACGAUGGCUACGUUACGGGUGUUUGUCGUGAUUUUUGCGAUGCAUUGAUCAGCGCUAAGAUUGAUGCGCUCAGGGAUCGCAAAGAGUCGGCCCGGUAUUUGACUGAUAAUAACCUAUCGAUGGUUAUUUGGGAUUGGUUUUUGGCCGGAACUGAUACCUCGCAAACAACAUUCCAGUGGAUCCUGUUAUUGAUAGCCAACUAUCCCCGAGUACAGCAACGAUUGAGAGAUGAAAUCUGGGAGACAAUAGGCGAUCGUAUAGCCAUUCACGAUGACAGACACCGGUGUCACUAUACGUUGGCUGUCAUUGCGGAAACAUUGCGUUUCCGUAAUCCGGUACCAAUGGGUCUGUUUCAUGCAACCGGAUCGGCCGUACAGUUGUUUGGCAACAGCGGCAGCAGCUAUUGGUUGCCCGAAAAACAGAGACUAUUUGUAUGUCAGUGGCAUAUCAUGAAUAGCGACAAGUAUUGGCAAAAUGCCGACCAUUUUCUACCGGAACGCUUCCUCGAUAAUGACGGCCACUAUACUACUACUACUACUACUACUACCAGUACUACCACCCGAUCCAAAGCCUAUAUACCAUUUGGUGUGGGACGUCGUCAAUGUUUAGGCGAAAAGUUAGCCAUAGCCGACCUGUUUCUAGUUUUGGUCCGUUUCCUACAAUUAACCGAAAACUAUGAUAUAGUAGUUGUUGACAAUUGCCAGCAGGACUUGGAUCCCAAUCCAAAUGAUUUCAACAAUUUUCAGCCAAAUAAACACGAAAUUGAUUUACUAUCAAAUGAGGGAAUCGUUUGUUUGAUUAAACGCCAGUUUCUCAUCAAUGCAUUGAACGAUGAAAUCGUAGCAAACUUUUCCAUAAUUAUAUCCCAAUCGAUGGCCAACUCAUCGGUAAAGUCGUAUUUAAACAAACAAUAUAUGAGUCGUGCGGUGUCUAACUGUGUGUCCAUCGGUCCUCCAAUUGAUCCCAUUGUGCGACAAACCAACGCUAAUAUUGGUGCCAAUGUUGACGGACUUUGCUUUCGUUUCUAUUGA